CCCCCUGCAGGCCGGCCGCCGGGACCGCGGGGUGGGGGGGGCCUGGAGCGGAGGCCAUGGCGCGGGCGCUGGUGGUGGGCGCGGGGCUGACGGGAAGCGUGUGUGCCGCGCUGCUCGGGAGGGAGACGCCGCGGCCCGCGCACCUGACGGUGUGGGAGGAGGCAGCGGCCCCAGGGGGGAGGAUGUGCACGGCCUGCAGCCCGCAAACCCCGGGGAGCACCGUGGACCUGGGGGCACAGUACAUCACCCGCUCACCCCAGCGGGCCAGGCCAAAUGCACGGUUUUAUGACGAACUGCUGGCUCUUGGCCUUUUGAAGCCUCUGACGUCUCCUAUCGAAGGGAUGGUGGUGAAGGAAGGAGAGUGUAAUUUUGUGGCACCUCAAGGAGUUUCUUCAAUUAUUAAGCAUUACUUGAAAGAAUCAGGUGCCGACGUCUGCUUCGGACACCGCGUGACCCGGGUCGACCUGCGAGAUGACAGGUGGGAGGUGUCCACGGAAACGGGUCGCCCUGAGCGGUUUGACCUUGUCAUCCUCACGAUGCCGGCUCCUCGGAUCCUGCAGCUUCAAGGGGACGUGGCCAACUCCUCUCCUCCCUUAUCAGGCACAAAAGGACAAAACGGAAUCUGGCAUGACCCCUACCCCGACGUGCCUUACGGGUGUCUGGACGUCGCACUGCCUUUGGAAGAAGCGUGCAUCCUUUUCUUUAGAGGAUGUGAAGAGAGACUGGGGCUGAUCCAUUCAGAGGGCACGGUUCCUGCGCAGCCUGCUCUGGUAAACAGAGAAUACGAAAUGUGUAAAAUAGCAAAAUUCAAACACACAUUAGCGAAUUCAGUCCAUCAUGUCUGGCAUCCUCCUGGUGGAUCCUCUACCCUCCCUACAGGCAACAAUAUGCUCCCAGGGAGAGCUCAGCGUGAAUGCACCGGCGUGUUCCGCUGACUCCUAAGCAGAGAUUGUUAAUUCGUAAAGAAUUACUAAUUCUUAAGGUUGGUGCACGUCUCUUUCUCAAGGCCAGUUGGUGCUUCAGAGCGGGAAUAGCUCAUAAACCCGGCCUGUGACUCAUCCUGCCUCGGAGGCGAGGCAGCGGGCCCGCGCCUGCAGGACCCACGGAUGAACAGCAGGUGACAGUGUUUGCACGCUGUUCAGAAGGCCGGCGCCGCGGGCCUCACACCAUCCGCAGCCCUUCCCUGCCAGGAUUGCACGCGCGUCCUGGGAUUAUAUUUCUCUUUUAUAUUGCUAUGUGUCAUGCUUUGUUUGCCAAACAGAAUAUGGAAAAUGAAGAGGCAUUUUUCUCCACGGCUCGUAGUAGAUAAACUGUCAGAAUGAACUCCGUUGCUUAAGAAAAGCAUAGACGUGGGUGGCCCCUGGAUGUGGCUGCGGGGACAUCGGCGCCGGCUGUGGGGAAUUUAGCUUUGGCCAAAGGGAUGUCUUUCUUUGAAAAUUCUCCGAAACCACGGCUCUCUGCGUUUUUCUAAUGCUUCCCUCCACCCCGCAAAGAGCAAGCUCUCAGGUCGCUGAGGCUCCCCUGCUGGACGUGGGGCUGCACAGAUCCAACGGGGCCGGGGGUUUAUUUUGCCGUGAAUUUUAAGCGAGAGAUGUGAUUUGAAUAAAAAGAAACGAAGCUGGGAGCACCUGGCUGGCUCAGUCUGUGGAGUGGGCGACUCUUGAUCUUGGGGUUGUGGGUUCGAGCCCCAUGUUGGGCACAGGGGUUACUUUUUAAACAAAAAAAGAGAGAAAGAAAACUAAGGUUUAGAUUCACUUUUACGACAUUCGUGGAGAAUAUUUUUUUCCAUAUGCCACACACAGCAGUGUGGAUCUAAGCCGUCCCCCAAAUACGGAGGUGUGUGUGUCUACACAGGUGGAUCCUCUUCAUUGCUCGCUGCGUCUUAGGGGGAUGCUGGUGACUGAGGUGACCCUGUAGUGGUGGAGAGCGCUCUGGACACAGUCCUCGUCAGAGAUGGACGAAGGUCAGGGCCGUCCGUGACUGCUGCUCCUCGUGCACGGUUGUGAGCCCUCCACCACUUGCAUUUACUCUUCGGCACGAGGACUCCGCUUGGAGAGGAGCUGCUUCCUCGGCCACGUUGCCACCUGCAUUCCAUCAUGACCGACGUGUACCCACUGAGCUGCUUCCUCAGCCACGUCACAGCUGCAUCAUCAUGACCCACGUGUGCCCACUGAGCACUCACUGUGUUCCAGGGACUGUCCUGGACUCGGAGUUCACGGGGCAGGGAGCCCCAGGCCCGGCUCCUCGGGAGCUCGUGCUGGGAAGACUGUUGGAUUCUUGUCCCCGCCUCCUGACACGGUUCAUUUUGUGUGCAUUUGGGCUCAGGGCAACGUCCGGUCCUUCCUUCCUCAUCUUAGCCCUGCGGCUGGUUAGCUGUGGGACCGUGGGCACACGCCUGAACCUCUCGGACUCCCUGAUGUUCUGUACAACUGAGACGACACUUCCCACCCCAUCAGGGCAUUCGUUCGGGAAGAGUAAAUCAGAUAAUGUAUCCAAGCACCUCGUUGGCCGCUGGCACGUGCUCGGGGGUCGACAGAAGAAGCUACGGCUGUUGCCUUUCACCUUGCGCAGGUCACCUGGCCAGCGCCGACUGCGCGGAGGGCUUAGUUCACGUUCAUUCCCUUGCCGCUCAUCCAUCCUUCAGGCACGUGGCUGCUUGGGGACUGAGAAGCACUGCGACUAGCAGGAGCCCCGGGUCCUGAGCACCGUUGACGGGCUAGGGGUUUCAUGUGUCUGCAGUCCUCGGAGCAACCCAGUACUGACUACCCUCUGCGGACUGGGGAAGACCCGGGAGGUAAGGACCAGUGCCUACAGCGGCAGCAUCACCUACGAAGGACCAAAAUACCCACUCUAAAGCCUGUCGCCUUUUUAUCCACAGUUUCCAAGGUCCCUUUUAAUUCUAAAUGCUUUAAAAUUCUUUCUUUUUUGAAAAACGAGUAUGCGAUCGCAAACAGUAGGAUUUCAUUUGUGCGCAGGCUCCCACGCUCAAAAUCCUGAUGCCUGAUGAUGUCAUUAACAAGCUAUUUUCAUAAAUAAGUGUGACGAGUAGUCCACGGACAGGCCCGCGUUCCCUGAAUAGUUCUCGGCGCUCGCCGUCUGCAUCAGCUGAUUUUUCCGUACCAACUGGAAGUCGCAUUAUUCUUAAAGGGGGCGUGAAAGGAGAGGGAGUGCUUUUCUUCUUUAGAUUCCUGGAAAUAUUUAAGUAUUUUUUUAAAGAUUUAUUUAUUUAUUUUUAUUUAUGAUAGACACAGAGAGAGAGAGAGAGAGAAAGAGGCAGAGACACAGGAGGAGGGAGAAGCAGGCCCCAUGCUGGGAGCCCGACGUGGGACUCGAUCCCGGAUCGCACCCUGGGCCAAAGGCAGGUGCCAAACUGCUGAGCCACCCAGGGAUCCCCAAUAUUUAAGCAUUUUUGAUCCAAGUUUGUCACUUUGAUUUUUUUUUAUAUUUCUUUAUUUCCUUAUUUGAGAGACAGCGAGAGAGAUCACAGAGGCACAGGGAGAAGUGGACUCUCCCCUGAGCAGGGAGCCCGAUGCGGGACUCGAUCCCAGGACCCCGGGAUCACGGCCUGAGUCGGAGGCAGAUGCUUCACCAGCUGAGCCACCCGGGCGCCCCGUCACUAUGGUUUUUAAUAAAAGGGUUGUUUUGA